AUGCCAGCCUUAGCUAUUAACUCGCUGGACCUGGACCUGGUCUGCUACGAUAAGAACCCCUCCAUCGGAGGUACGUGGUAUGAGAAUAAGUAUCCCGGAUGUGGAUGCGAUAUUCCAUCCGUCAAUUACCAGUUCUCAUGGGCGCCGUCUGCGUGGAGCAAUUUCUACUCUACUGCCCCUGAGAUCUUGCAGUAUCUUCAAACAGUUGUUGCCGACCACGGUCUGAUGAAAUAUAUGUGCCUCAAUUCCAAGGUGGUUGGCGCUACAUGGGACGAACCCAGCGCUCAAUGGCACGUCAAGAUUGAAAAGACCGACGGCACAAUCAGUGCCGACCAGGCGCAUGUUCUCAUCAACGCAAGCGGUGCUCUCAACAAGUGGAAGUGGCCUGCCAUUCCCGGCCGUGAGACCUUCCACGGCCCAGUCCUUCACAGCGCCAGAUGGGAGGAAACCAUUCAACUGCAAGAUAAAAGGGUGGCUGUAAUUGGGUCUGGCUCGUCUGCCGUGCAGAUCGUGCCCAAUAUACAGCCAGUCGUUGCCUCCUUGACGUGUUUUAUUCGCAGUCAAUCCUGGGUGACUGCGGGAGUCGCCCAGCGAUUUGCAGGAAGCUUUACCUACAGUGAAAUGCAGCAAGAUGUGAUGCGCAAUGACCCAAAGAAGUACCUGGCGUAUCGCAAGAAGAUUGAAUCCGAGCUCAACUCGCGAUUCAGAUUCAUCCUCAACGGCUCAAAGGAACAAGCCGCGGCCUGUGCAGCCGCAGAAAAAGACAUGCGCGCCCGACUGGCAAAGAAGCCCGAACUUGCUUCCCUGCUCAUCCCAUCCAACUUCCCCCUGGGCUGUCGUCGUCCAACCCCUGGCGCCGGAUACCUGGAAGCCCUCUGCGAGGAGAAUGUGACGGUGGUGCCCGACGAGAUCACCGAAAUCACCCCCAAGGGCAUCCGCACAGCUGACGGCGUCGAGCAUCUCGUCGAUGUGUUGAUUUGUGCCACAGGCUUCGAUCUCAGCUGGAAACCGAGCUUUCCCAUCAUCGGCCGUCACUCGCGUAGUCUCAGUACAGAGUGGGCAGAGACCCCGAGUACUUAUUUAUCCAUUACUGUCCCUCAUUUUCCCAACUAUCUCAUUUUCAAUGGCCCGUACGGCCCAUACGGUCACGGCAGCUUCCUACCCAUCACAGAGACGCUCUCACGGCACUUUCUUCAGAUGCUGCGCAAGAUGGCAGAAGAGACAGUGCUCUCCUUUGAGGUCAAGGAAGAAGCUGUCGCCGACUUUGCCCAGCACCGCCGCGCCUUUCUCCCGCGCACGGCCUGGUCGGCGCCGUGCCACUCGUGGUUCAAGCACGGCGGGGAGAUCAUGAUGUGGCCCGGUUCGCGCAUCCAUUUCUUCGACACGCUCAAAUCCCCGCGCUGGGAGGAUUACCAUCUCACCUAUCUGUCGGCGAAUCGGUUUGCUUACCUGGGUAAUGGCUUUGCGGCGCGCGAGUUUGACGGCAGCGACCUCUCGUGGUAUCUUGGUUGUUUAGAUGGUGAGGAUAUCCAGCCCGAGCUGCCAGAUGAGGAUUUUCAUAUAUUCAUGGAGUAGUGGUAGUCCU